AUGCAGGCAUCCGAUCGUUAUGUGAUGAUGGAGAGGACUGUAAGGGAUGAAAUGGAUAUGGAAGAGGAUGUACACAAGCUUUACGAGAAUGGUGUGGACACUCUACUGAAUUGGUUGGUGGCUGCUGCGGAGGUAACGGCAAGUGUUCAUAAACUCACUAAACACUCAUUGGAUGCAGCCCUUCAGGAAGCGAGGAACCGAAUGACGACGAUUGCACCGAUGAAACUGGAGGGAUUGUACGAGUCUGUGUACAAUGCGAGUUGGCAUCAUGUCGUGGAAGUCCCUGGCGGCGAGGGGACUGAAAUGGAGGCGAAGGAGGGGAAACCGAAACACUCAUGGAAUUACAAGAAAGUUGGCGACACCUUCGAAGAGGAUGACGCUGUGCGGAAAUCCGGUGAGGAACCUCCCGUGUUGAUGGUGCUCACCUCGGACAAGGGAUGGCCGUACACGCUGAAUGCGCCGCAUGGGGCUGGUAAUGACUUCUUUAUUAACUGCGAGGUGGAGCGAGUGUGGCAGAUCGUCCUUGACGAUCUAACCAAGUGGUUCAGCAAUUUUGAUUUGACUCUCAAUUCUUCACCUUUGUCGCGUGUGUUGAUUGGGACGCCCGGGAUCGGGAAGUCGACGGCUGCCGGUUCGUACCUCCUUUACCAGCUGCUGCACUACGAUGUGGAGGAGCUCCAAGUUGUUGUCCACUGUUUUGGAGAAACGGCGUACGUGUUUGACAAAACCACCGAAACCGUGACAAGAUACGAGGGUAACAAAACAUCGAAGAGUGUUUUGUAUGGUUUGUGGCAGCGUGGGAUGAAAGGGUAUAUUAUUUACGAUGUGGCAAAGGAAGGAACACCGCCCGAAACAGGUUUUUUACCCCCAACCGGAUGGGGCAUGAUUGUGGUGUCAUCGCCAAAGGUAACCAACUAUGAUGAGUGGGAGAAGCAACUACAAGCCAGUCGAAUCAUCAUGAAUUGCCCCGACGAGAUGGAUGUGAGGGCGAUGUGUGCAUGGAUGAAGCGCGGUCUGGAACCAGAUGAGCAAGCGGGAUACUGGAAGAUGGUCGAAGAACGCAUGAAGAAAGUGGGGCCGAUUCCACGUCACAUCUUUGAUAAGAAAAUUUAUAUUGUUCGCUUGGGUGCCGUUAUUGGUGCCUUGCUAGCAAUCAAGGAUACUGAUGUUGGAAAGUACUUUACCCUGGGAGGAGAGGAAAAAUGGUAUUCCGAGGAUCCGUCUCACAAACUUGUGAAGAUUGUCCGGGAAAUAACAGUUGAAGGUGCUGAGAUAUUUCUGAACGCAUCGAUAUGUGCUGAUAUCGGGUUUCGAACUGCGGACCGUUUGGCAAAGGAAAUGGCUACGAAGGAUUUUUUGUUGCUAAUAUUCAGAUCGCGUGGUGCUCUGUUUCCCACGCUCUGA